AUGGGCAUGGCGGGGCAGGUGGUGAAAGUGAAGAGGGCGGCAUUAGAGGCAUGCAUGACAUGUCCUCUCUGCGAUAAGCUACUCAGGGAAGCUACGACCGUCUCUCUCUGCCUCCAUACGUUUUGCAGAAAAUGCAUAUAUGGCAGACUCUCAGAUGAUGAAGUUGAUACCUGUCCGGUAUGCGAUAUCGACCUGGGUUGUCUGCCAGAGGAGAAACUCAGGCCGGAUCACAAUCUGCAAGAUAUAAGAGCUAAAAUAUUUCCAUCUAAAAGAAGAAAAGUUGAGCCUGCUACCGAAGUUGUCACUUCAGUCGCACUGCCAGCAAAGAGAAAAGAGAGAUCCUUAUCAUCUCUGGUUGUCAGCACUCCCAAAGUGCCCGUAGAAACUGGUUCAACCGGGAGAAGAUCCAAACCUGGACCAAGAAAACCUUCUGGGUUACGAGGUUGUAGUUUUACCACUGAAGAAUCAAACAAAGAUGAAGAAGAAGAUUCUGCAGAAGCAGAAGAUGAUCAUCAUCCAAUCAGCUCAAGCUCCCCUGAGUCCCAGAAUAAAAUUCCACAAAGGAAAAGGCAGCAAUCCGCUGCUGCUGAGCCUUCUAAUGGGCAGCAACAAAUGGAUGGAAAUGGUGAGGAUGAUGGUGAAGUAGUGGAAGGGAAAGCUGAUCUGUGGACACCCUUAAACUGUCUAGUUGAAGCUGCUAACAGAACCAAGUCAUUGAAGUCAAACUCACAACAAUUGCAGUCUGUUGCCAACUCAGAGAUUUUUUCGACUGUACCUGAUCUCGAAUCCAGAACCCUAGAUAAGCAAUUGAAUGUAGAGUCUCCUAUUGUUGGUCAGUGUGGAGAAACAUACAUCCUCCAUGAGAGCAAAAAUAAAGAACCCGAUCAGGGAUUCAAUGGUGAAGAUGAUGAUAAGGGGUCAAAUAAUCCGACUGCACCACCAGUCAAGCGUAGAAGGUUAACAGCAGCAAGAAGGAGGGCAGCUUUGUCAGAAGAGCUCAGUGCCUCAGCACAGGCUGUACUGGAUUCUACGAUGAACAGGGCAAACCGGAGAAACUGCGCUGUUUGGUUCUCGUUGGUUGCCUCGGAGAAGAGGGGAGAUGCUUCACUGCCACAGAUUCCUGCUUGUUACUUGAGGAUCAAGGAUGGUAAAAUGCCAGUGUCAUUCAUUCAGAAGUACAUUGUGAAGAAACUUGAGCUUAGCAGUGAGGCUGAAGUGGAGAUAAUGUGCCAAGGACAGCCGGUGGUUCCAACGCUGCAACUGCACAACUUGGUGGACUUAUGGUUCAGGAAUGCAUCGACCAAGAGAGUGGAAGUACCUGUGGGUUCUUCUGCCAGGGACUUUGUAAUGGUCCUGUCUUACUGUCGUAAGCUCCAGCAGCAGGCUUCUUAG